CCGCACUGUUCUGUUUAGUGAUGGUAGAGGAAGACAGGCUGAGCUUGUAUAGUGCUUAUGCACCCCUGCCCUCCUCCUACUGAGGAAAAACACAAGACUUUUAGCACAGUAAAACCAACAUGAAAUAUUUUAUAAACUGUACAGUUCUUCCUUUAUUAGAGUUUUCAGUGUUAGAGACCGGUUCGGUGUGAACUCGGACACAUUAGUUCCUUCCUGUGAGUAACUGGAGUAAGUUUACAGUCAGGAUAACAGCGUUUGUUUCCAAGCUAGAUAAUUUAUGUUAGGGUUUCGCAUGUGCGGUGUACAGUAAGUAGCAGCAGUUGUUGUUGCCUGUUUGUUUUGCUGAUGGUAUAGUUAUUGCCUGUGUUUUGACAGUAGAGGGUGUGUUUCACCUUCAGACUCCUCCGAUUCCGAAUUGGUAUUCCGAGUUAUAAGAUUCUUUGAGUAAAUAAGUUAUAAGACAGGAGCAGUUAAGAGAUGUUCGGGUGCGAAUUUUUGUGCUCAUGUCUAACUCUUUCUUAGCUUUUCUUCACAUCCCGACCCAGAUGAUGUCUUCCUGUAGAGCUGCUGCAAGGCGACUCUUCAGUUCAGCACAUAAAGGGUUGUCAUGCUCACACAUUAGGUUCUAUGCUCUCAGAAGAGCAGUGACUUGUGAAGCUCAUCUACCUCCUCCACUGCAAAUCAGAUCAUUCUCAGAAAGUGCCAUGUGUUUUGCUUCAAAGGACAACACGCCAAAAGACGGCUCCAGUGAUGGGGGAAAGCAGAAGAGUGCAACAGACACAACUGGGAAGAGAUCUAUGGGUUCGAGCUGGUCGGGGAAAGGUGGAAGUCAACUGCAUUGCCCCAGAUGUGGAGAUACAUGCACAUAUGUGCAGAAGUUUGGGUCAUUCACACGUUUUAUGAAAUGUGGAAAAUGCCAUCACUUAUUUGUGGUGCUUUCUGAAAGCAACUCUAGGAAGAGUCUGAAUAAGGAGGCAGAAUCUGCUGCUGCUGAAUCUGUUAAACUGACAUUUGCUCAGAAACCUCCCCCACCCCCUAAAAAGAUCUACGCCUACCUCGAUAACUAUGUUGUUGGCCAGUCAUAUGCGAAGAAGGUGCUGUCGGUUGCAGUGUAUAACCACUACAAACGGAUCUACAACAACCUUCCUGUAUCGGGUGGACAGCAAGCGGGGACGGAGCAGCAGAUCCCUUUCGCUCCCCUGGAGCUAGACAUCAGAAGAUGGGAAAGUGACUACAGAUAUACAAAGCUGCUUCACAUCAGUGAGAUCAGCCCACAUGGCAGUGCUCUCGGUGCUUCAGUUCAACAAGUCUCUCAACAAGCUGCGCUAGAGAAAAGGGGUGGAGAGUUGCUGGACUCUCCCCACACUAACAUCCAACUGCAGAAGAGUAACAUUUUGCUCCUAGGCCCAACUGGAUCAGGUAAAACACUUUUAGCACAGACCCUGGCUCGGUGUUUGGACGUUCCGUUUGCCAUCUGUGACUGUACAACACUGACCCAGGCAGGCUACGUAGGUGAGGAUAUCGAGUCCGUCAUUGCGAAGCUGUUCCAAGAUGCCAACUACUCGGUGGAGAAAGCUCAGCAAGGAAUAGUGUUUCUGGAUGAAGUGGAUAAGAUUGGCAGUCUUCCAGGAAUACAUCAGCUCAAAGAUGUAGGAGGAGAAGGCGUCCAGCAGGGUUUGUUGAAACUCCUGGAGGGCACCAUUGUGAAUGUUCCAGAAAAGAACAGCAGAAGGUUGCGAGGUGAAACUGUGCACGUGGAUACAACCAACAUCCUGUUUGUGGCAUCAGGAGCCUUCAGUGGGCUGGACCGGAUCGUUAACCACAGGAAGAAUGAGAAGUACCUUGGAUUUGGCUCGCCAUCUAACCUGGGGAAGGGACGCUGUGCCGCAGCAGAUCUGGCCAAUAGCUCAGGCAGUGAGCUGGAUAUGGUGGCUGAGAUGGAGGAGAAGGAUCAGCUCCUGAGACAUGUAGAGGCACGUGACCUCAUUGAGUUUGGAAUGAUUCCGGAGUUUGUAGGUCGUCUGCCUAUCAUAGUGCCUUUGCACAGCCUGGAUGAACAGACACUAGUGCGCAUUCUAACUGAGCCCCAGAACGCUGUGGUGCCUCAGUAUCAGGCCCUCUUCAGCAUGGAUAAGUGUGAGCUGAAUGUGACUCCAGAUGCACUCGGGGCCAUUGCCAGAUUGGCUCUUGAGAGGAAUACUGGAGCCAGAGGCCUCCGAACCAUCAUGGAGAAGCUGUUGUUGGAGCCCAUGUUUGAGGUGCCACAGUCUGAUAUUGUGUCUGUAGAGCUGAAUAAGGAUGUGAUUUUGGGCAAAACUGAACCAUGCUAUAUCAGAGCUUCAAAUAAACGGACCACAGAGGAGUAUGACUGUGGCAUUGAAGAAGAGAACUGGCUGAGACAGGCAGAUGUAGCCAACAACUAAUAAUACAGCUGUGAAACAUUUAAAGAUCUCUCUAGACUCUGCAUCAGUGAAGCUCUAAAAAUCAGAUGCAACAUUCUUCUGCUCGGGGCUAAACAGGACCCUAAUUUAAAUUAGGGAUAAAUUUAGCUUUUUUAAUUUUUUUAAGUCUUGAAUUUUCUGUACAGCUGCUUUGCGACAAUGUCUGUUGUUAAAAGCGCUAUACAAAUAAACUUGACUUAAACCUAAAGCAGAUGCACUUAACAAAUACCAGCUGAACAAGGAAGAAUGAGAUCGACCUCCUAAUCCCCUUCUGGUCCCACAUUCCCUGUAGGAACGUACAGGAAGUGACGACGCACAACCCAGCAGGCCUUAAGUACAGUCUUUGUGGACAGAUAAAAAUGUGAUAAUUUUAUGUAUCAAAAAAAGAAUUCUUAUUUUCUUGAGUGAGUUUUGGUGAAUUGGUGAAUGUGGAAACAUUAACUCAACUGAGGUCAUAAAAUACAGUUUAAGGCAGAAAGCCAGGUGUGUUUUCAUUUUAGUAUUUUUGGUGCAUACACCAACCAACUUGCCGUUUAUUUAAUAAGAUUAUUUCAGCUUCACUCAAAUUCUUCAGGUGCUAGUUUCUCUACCUCUCCUUUUUUUUUUUUAAAAACAGUAAUGAACAUGAUGCUGCUGUAUGCUUGUAGCUUUAUCCGUUUUAGACUACCUGUAAUUUAACCAUGUACAUUACUCUAUAGGACAGCGAUUUAUUUUUAUUUUUAAAAAACAAUGUACAAGCCAUUGCAACAACAGCACAAGUGACCUUUUUCAAAUGUGUUAAAUGGCCUGUUAUUCGCGCUCUCUCUCUCUCUCUCUCUCUUCUUAAAAGAUGUUUUUGUAUAACAGUUGAAACACUCUUCAAAGUGAAGUAAUUUAAAAUUCAUCAAAUCUCAGUAUCUCCGAUGGUUUAGAAAUGCACUCUGUGUACACACGCACACACUUGUGUGCUGAAGAAUUCGUAACAACAAUAACGAAACAUUUGUACACACAACAGUAACUUUUCAUAUAUACUUUUAUUGAAUUAGGAUUCCUUCUUCCAUUUGAAAUGUCAGCAAAUCACCAACCACAAAGGCCAUUGAAUUUAGAAGUUGUCGUUAUUUAAAAAUAUAUAAAUAAA